AUGUUUAGUCCCCCAACUUACCUUUCUGUAGGUGACGAGUAUGACAAGCAUUCUUCACAAUCAAAGCGCAGCGCCCGAGAUAACAAGGCUUUUGUUGUGUCUGCUAAGCGACACCCUUGGGUUCAGGACGCAUGCUUCAGCAAAUUUACCUCUCUUUCCGCAGGUGAUCCAUAUCGUACCGUUGGAUUUGGAGGCCCUUUCCGGGAGCAAGCCUCUUCAACGAUGAAAUCAGAGGGCAAAGAGAAGAAGCCGCCAUUUUUUUCACCAGGUGUUCCACACAAGAGCAGUGGCAAGGGUGACUACUAUGGCACUUUUUCUGAAAAGAAUCCGUUUAAGCACGAAACGGAGUUUCAGCUUCAUAAGAAACCAGCAGACUAUAUUUCUCCACGGCCUAACUUUUAUACAAAUCCACCCAAAAAAGGGACUUAUGGCUUUCCAGGUCUAUCAAUAGGCAAAGCUGGUGAAAUACAAUAUGUUUCUGACCCAUACGAUGGUAGUCGUCGUCAGGAAUCUCUCAAAAAUGCUGCAUCUAAGAAGGACAUGGCCGCGCCGUUUUGUGCUCAUGUGCAUAGUGGCGGCUACUUCAAUCAGACUGAGCACGGCUUCAGCAGUGUAUAUACCUUAACAAAGCCUUUGCCUCCUAAAAAAGUGUCUGAGUCUACAACUCAAUCUCGGCUUGCUGAGCCGUGGGUUCCGGCUUCUUUAUUAAAGGAUGGCAUAAAUAGAUUUCCAGAAUAUCAAGAGGAUCCGUACAAUGUAAAGGAGCGAAAUAUGCGUCUGAUGCAACAGAAGGAGCGCGAAUACAAGCCGUGGUGCCCGGCUGGAAACGAUCCGUAUCGUCACAUUUAUACAAAGCCGAUUCCAUACGAACCGCAGGUGUGGAACGGCGAAUAA